GUUUUUUUUACUGAAGAGUCCGAAUUCGAUCAAAUGUAACCCAUACAUAGUUUUCGGUUUCUUUCUAAUGAAGCAAUAAUUCGAUUUUUUGUCAUGGGAGAAGAGACAGAUAUUGCGUUAACAAGGUGAUUAAAACCACAUGAACCAGCUGAAGUUAGACGUUAGACAUUGGCUGAAUCACUGAGUUUAGUGUAAACAUGUGAGGUGCGCGCGCGAGUUAUCAAAUGUAAGUUAUUACAAGCGUCUUCACGCCCACACGUUGCACGCCCUUGCGCCUAUCUUUCUUCAACACAAACAUCAGAAUUUUAAUCUCUCAGACAGCGUGCUAACAGAUAGCCUACUACGAAGUGAAUGAUGACUCCUUUUGGUUCGACGGAAGAAUGAAAGUCAUACGGGGUUUGAAGAAAGAUGACAGAAGUUUCAUUUCUGGAAGAAGUAUGCAACGUUAUCAGACCAACCCAACAUGGACUAUACUAUAUAUAUGACUAUAUGUCAAGUUAUAAAAUUGGUUUCGAACUAAAUGCAUGGAUUCUCGCAGGCUCUGACUCAGCGAUGAAAGAAUGUGUGGUGGUGCUGCUCAUGCUCCUGUUAAUUCAUAGGAUAGUGCCAAUGCUGCUGGCCUCAAAGCAUCGCAAAGAAUGAGAAUAUUGUGGAUCCGCCUCAAACUGAGAAAUGUGAUAUGUAUCGCUGUAUCCCUGGCACUUCUUAUAUGUUGCUUCACGAUCACAUUUUCAAUAAUAAAAGAAGGAGGACAGGAAACAGGACUGUCUGAGAACCUGCGGCUGACAGAACAAUAUGGCAUUAAUUGCACAGCAAUAUAUGAAAUGGAACCAGUAGAACUGGGCAAAACUUUAGUCAUUCGCAAGGAAAAAAAAUACGUAGGGCAAACCGACAGAGCUAUUUUGAAUGCCACCUUUGACUGUGAAUGGUUUGUUGUGUCACAAGGUUAUGAUGGGAUUCAAGGCUCUGAGUUUGAGUGUGAAUUUCCCCUUGCUUAUUCUUUGGUUGUUCACCAGGAUGCAGCCCUUGUGGAGAGGUUGCUAAGGGCCAUUUAUAUGCCUCAUAACAUAUACUGCAUACAUUACGAUCUGAAGUCCUCAGAUGACUUUAUUUCAGCAAUGAAAGGUCUGGCUCGCUGCAUCCCCAACGUCUUCAUUACCUCAAAGCUGGAGAGGGUGCAGUACGCAGGUUUCUCACGACUCAAAGCGGAUCUUAAUUGUCUGUCGGACCUCCUAGAUUCUGAGGUCAAGUGGAAGUAUGUCAUCAACCUGUGUGGUCAGGACUUUCCACUGCGGACAAACGCUGAGCUGGUGUCGGAUCUAAAAGAGCUGAAAGGCAGGAACAUGGUGGAGAGCAAGCGGCCUGGAGGAAAGACAGAUCGUUGGACUUAUCAUCAUUUACAGAAAGACAAUAAUUCAGAGUACUACAGCUCACCUGUCACCACUUCUGAGAUGAAAUCUCCACCUCCUCACAACAUAGAAAUGUUUGUGGGCAGCGCAUACUUCACACUUUCAAGAGAAUUUGUGGUUUUUGUUCACCAGAGUCCCAUAGCCAGUGAUUUCUUGGCUUGGUCCGAGGAUACAUAUUCACCUGAUGAACAUUUCUGGGCAACUCUGGUUCGUGUGUCUGGAGUACCAGGGGAAGAGCCAAGUUCUGAUCCUGAGAUCUCAGAACUGAAAAGUAAAACCCGUCUGGUGAAGUGGUCUUAUCUAGAAAGGAUUCUGUACCCACCAUGCACUGGAGUCAGUAUACGAGCUGUAUGUAUUUAUGGUGCUGCUGAGCUCAGAUGGCUCCUAAACUAUGGCCACUGGUUUGCUAAUAAAGUGGAUCCAAAAGUGGAUCCUGUUCUUAUGGAAUGUUUAGAGGAGAUUCUUUCAGAAAAACGCCUGAGGCCAAAACUGCAGUAAAAAGGUCUUAUUUUUAUUUUACUGGUGAGACCAUCGGAUUGAUGUUAAAAAAGAAUACUGUGCUGUUUUUUUAGGGAAAUCAUUAUUAAGUCGAGUAAUUUAUUUGGGGUUUCUGGUAAAAAAUGUUAUACUUUGAAAAUGCAAUUUUUUAUUUUGUUUUGAAUGUAUUUAUAUUUAUGUGAUUCAGCCAGCAUGAGUGCAGUCCUUUGGCAAGAACUUUUAGAGUUUAACAUGCCAGUCCUCUAAAUCUUUUAAGUGAACACUUGUUCUGUUGUGUAUGAGACAUGUAGUAACAUAAUAUGAGACAAAAUGUGAAUUUUAUUAGAGCAAAAUGAAGGAGCACAAAUACAUUUGCCCAGUUCAUAAGAACGAUAUGGUGAAAACUAAAGCGGCACACAUUUGUUCGUUGCUGACGAAACAUCUAUUUUGUCUCUCUGAGCAAAUGUUACAAAGGAAUAGUUCACAAAAAGAACAACAAAAAACAAAUUAGCUGAAAAUGUACUCACCCUUGGGCUAUCCAAGAUAUAAAUGAGUUUGUUUCUUCAUCCAAAAAGAUUUGUGCUUGUAAGAAACAAAUCCGUCAUUAAGGCUUAACUUGCAAAAUAAAAGUUUAAUCCAUAAUAACGCUUCCUCCAGUGAAAAAGUCCAUCCACUGUUGCCUUCCCACAACAAAAUCCACUGUCAUAUUUGUUUAGAACUCUUUUAGACUGUUUUAGCUUGCAAACGGUUCUUGUUCUGUGCAUAUUUCUUUCCUGAUUCAGAUGAGAUGACUUUUUCACUGGAGAAAGCCACUGGUGGUGGUUGAGGAGAGACCCCCCACAUGAUUGUAAAGCGUUUUGGGUGUAUUGCAAUACACAAUAAAGCGCUAUAUAAAUGCCUCAUUCAUUCAUUCAUUCAUUCAUAUUAUGGAUAGGGCACUUGGAAAGUAGAGGAAUUUUAACUGGAAACAACGUUGAAAACGUCUUGAUGGAUGUGUUUAUUUUAAACAUGCAGCUUUUCUAUUCACAAGGUUAUUGUGAUACUUUCAUCAGCUGUUUGGACUCUCAUUCUGACGGCACCUAUUCACCUCAGAGGUUCCAUUGGUAAUGCUAAAUUUCUUCAAAUCUGUUCUGAUGAAGAAGCAAACUCACUCUCAGGAUGGCUCUCAAAUGUUCUUUUUUGCAUGAACUAUUCUUUAAAAAAAAUCUGUAUAUUUUUCAAGCUUUUAAAAUCAUUGGAUCUUCCACAUGUCCAUCUCAAAUGGAGAAGACUUUACGAGCAAUAGCGUUCAGAGCAAUAGCAAAAGCUCAGAGAAACUUAAGCAAUUCAGUGAGAAUGAAUUUGCAUGUGCUCUCUGGGUUGCCAUUGUGCCAGAUUCACAAAAAGAAUAAUGCAAAUCAAGUAAACACAAUCCCUAUAACUACUAGACACAAUUUGCAUGUUGCAAUUUCUCAUCUUGCAGGCUGGUUUUGAAGGCUUGUAAGAAUGCAGCAGACAUCCCUGGAUCUGGUAUACUCUACUGGGGCUAUAAGCAUUGCUCCACCUAGCAAUCCAGGCACCUGAAAUAAAUAGCUCUUUAACAUUUAGAAUGUGUGCUUAAAUAUAAUUUAAUGAAUAACUGCUGCCAUUAUUAAUAGAAUUAUUAUUAUUAUUAUUAUGCAUUUGGUUGAACGUGAUUCCAGUAAGUCCCAGGUGUGGCUGAAAAACCUGAAAAACCACAUGCAAAGUCUUGUGAAUUCACCCCUGAGCACGAAACUCUUUUUGUUGAUUUUAUCAGAAUGUAAUACUGAAGAAUUUCCUCUUGUAGUAAAAAAUUAUAUUCUUUAUUUUCACUUAAGAUUUUUUUAAUGCAUAUUUUUGUACAUUUUAUACCUGUUUUCUGCACACAAAAUGAAGGGGUGGGUUUACAAUUCCUAAAGUGUUCUUGUUGUUUAAUCCCUUUAAUAAUCAUCUGUGGUUUAUUGAUGUACUGAUUAAUAACACUGGUUUUCAUUUCAUAUGGUGUUUGCCAAUUUCAUGGUUAAUCACUUUCACAGUGCAUUCAUUUUGUGUCAUAUCAUGCUUUUAAUUGUUUAUUGUUACAUGCAAUAUCUGUUUUUGAGUGGUGACUGAAAUGCAGCAACUGUUUAGUUGUUUAGACUGGCUUCAGAGAAAAGAUAUGCGCUUUAUUCCAUUUCAUUUGUCAAUACAUUUACAAUAUUUUAUAAAUAUAUAAAAAUAACAUAUUGUUGGAAGAAGGUUUUUAAUCUGAGUUUCAUUUUUUUGUUAGUUUUAUUCUGCUGAUUUCUGCUGAUGUCGUGAAUGUUGCCUGUCAUGAAGGUCACUAACUCAACACAUGUAUCUCCAACGCACAUGCAUUUUUAACAUUUCUAAUUCUUUUGGAGUUGACAGUUCCAUUUGAUGCUUUAUGGUAAAGGAUGGCAUCCGAAAUAAAUU